ACGGCCGAGAUUUCACUCGAACCUCCUCGAAGCUUACCAAACCAGAUAUAAACACUACCACCCUCUGUUCUCUCCCAGUUCUGAAUUCUGAUACGAUAUUGCUUGUUCUACUGUUUUUUAUUUGAUCAUCGGAGGUGACUUUUGAUAAUGGCCGGAAAAGGAGAAGGUCCAGCGAUCGGGAUAGAUCUCGGGACGACGUACUCAUGCGUCGGCGUUUGGCAACAUGAUAGGGUGGAGAUAAUAGCCAAUGAUCAGGGGAAUAGGACGACGCCAUCUUAUGUUGCUUUUACUGAUACUGAGCGUUUGAUCGGCGAUGCUGCUAAGAACCAGGUUGCCAUGAAUCCCGUCAACACCGUCUUUGAUGCAAAGCGUUUGAUUGGUAGGCGAUUCAGUGAUGCUUCUGUACAGGGUGAUAUGAAACACUGGCCAUUCAAGGUUAUUGCUGGCCCUGGUGACAAGCCUAUGAUUGUGGUUACAUACAAGGGUGAGGAGAAACAAUUUUCUGCCGAAGAGAUUUCUUCUAUGGUGCUCAUUAAGAUGCGUGAGAUUGCCGAAGCUUACCUGGGAACAACAAUAAAGAAUGCAGUCGUUACUGUCCCUGCUUAUUUCAAUGACUCUCAGCGCCAGGCAACUAAGGAUGCUGGAGUGAUUGCUGGCCUCAAUGUUAUGCGAAUUAUCAAUGAGCCCACAGCUGCAGCUAUUGCUUAUGGGCUUGAUAAGAAGGCAGGAAGUGCUGGGGAAAAGAAUGUGUUGAUCUUUGAUUUAGGUGGUGGUACUUUUGAUGUCUCGUUGCUUACCAUUGAAGAGGGUAUCUUUGAAGUAAAGGCCACAGCUGGUGACACUCACCUUGGAGGUGAAGACUUCGAUAACAGAAUGGUGAACCACUUUGUUCAAGAGUUUAAAAGGAAGCAUAAGAAGGAUAUCUCUGUAAAUCCUAGAGCCCUUAGGAGAUUGAGAACAGCUUGUGAAAGGGCUAAGAGAACUCUCUCAUCUACUGCUCAGACAACUAUUGAGAUUGAUUCUUUGUACGAGGGUAUUGAUUUCUACACAACUAUCACUCGUGCCAGAUUUGAGGAGCUUAAUAUGGAUCUUUUCAGAAAGUGUAUGGAGCCUGUUGAGAAGUGUUUGAGAGAUGCUAAGAUAGACAAGAGCAGUGUACAUGAUGUUGUCCUUGUCGGUGGCUCUACUAGAAUUCCUAAGGUGCAGCAAUUGUUGCAGGACUUCUUCAAUGGGAAGGAGCUUUGCAAAAGCAUAAACCCUGAUGAGGCUGUUGCUUAUGGGGCUGCUGUGCAGGCUGCAAUCUUAAGUGGUGAGGGCAAUGAGAAGGUGCAAGAUCUGCUGCUCUUGGAUGUUACCCCUUUGUCUCUUGGACUGGAAACUGCUGGAGGUGUUAUGACUGUUCUGAUACCAAGGAACACCACCAUUCCCACCAAGAAAGAGCAGGUGUUCUCAACCUACUCCGAUAACCAGCCUGGGGUUUUAAUCCAGGUUUACGAGGGUGAGAGAACAAGAACUAGAGACAACAAUUUGCUCGGAAAAUUUGAGCUAUCUGGCAUUCCUCCAGCUCCAAGAGGUGUUCCUCAGAUCACCGUUUGCUUUGAUAUUGAUGCUAAUGGUAUCUUAAAUGUUUCUGCCGAGGAUAAGACCACUGGCCAGAAGAACAAGAUAACAAUUACUAAUGACAAGGGAAGGUUGUCCAAGGAAGAGAUUGAGAAGAUGGUACAAGAGGCCGAGAAGUACAAGGCCGAGGAUGAGGAACAUAAAAAGAAGGUAGAGGCCAAGAACGCAUUGGAGAACUAUGCCUACAACAUGAGGAACACAGUAAAAGAUGAAAAAAUCAGCUCCAAACUGGCCCCAGAUGACAAAAAGAAGAUCGAGGAUGCUAUUGAACAGGCUAUCCAAUGGUUGGAUACUAACCAGCUUGCUGAGGCAGACGAAUUUGAGGACAAGAUGAAGGAGCUUGAGAGCAUCUGCAAUCCUAUUAUCGCCAAGAUGUACCAGGGUGCUGGACCGGACAUGGGUGGCGGCAUGGAUGACGACGUCCCAUCAGCUGGUGGCGGUGGUGCUGGCCCUAAAAUUGAGGAAGUUGACUAAGCUGCAGUUUGAGCAAGAUGUGCAGUUGGGAGAUGUUUUUCAGAAUUUACUGUUGUAGUUUUGAUGGAUGGUUCUCUUUUUUCUAAUGUUCUGUUUCUGGUGAUGUUAUUGUGUGCAAUAUUUUCUUUUUAUUAAUGUUACUUUCUUGCAUUAAUAGAAGUUUCAAUUCACAAUGGUGUGAAGAUA